AAAAAAAAUAAAACACCUUCUCAUCAUUGGAUGCUAGAAAUACCAUAGCUAAAAAGACACUUCAUACAAAUUCCACCACCAAAUCACGCCCAACCCUCUUCUCACCAUCAAAACAUUUGAAACCUCAAACCAUUCACAUCUUCUGUUCCAACCCCCUUCAACAAAGAAUAUUUCAAAAUGGCCUCCUCAACCACCACCUUCACCGCAACCUACACCAACUCCACAACCCUUUCUCCCUCCUUCACACUUACCAAGGAUGUCCCCACCACAACUUCGACCAAUUCAACCUCUUCAUCAUCAGAAAUGACCACCUCCGACCGCGCCAAGUACCUCCACGAACUCCGGCAAAUCGCCGCCACCUUCCAAGACGACAUCAACCGGGAGCUCACGCAGCGGAUGGAGGAGGACAACAAGCGGGCGGGUCAGAAUGGUGGUGAUGACCAGAGCAAGGGGAAGGAGGCAGAGGCCAAGGAGGAGGAGAACUAUGGCGAGGAGGUUGUUGAGGAGGAUGAGUGAGUGAGCGAGUGAUUUGGAACAAGAAAGAGAGAGAGAAGGAGAGAGAGAAGGAGAGAGAGAGCAGUGGGCUGGAAAGGGCUUGGAAGAAGAGGGCACGAGCGGGACGAAGGAUUUCUUAGGCUGCAGUGGUAGUCCUUGGAUCUGUUGCUCCAUCCAUGAUAUCUGGGGUUA